GUCGCGCACGUCUCGCACGGCCGCUGCGUCACGCCCGCCCGCCCCGCCCACCUCGCCCGCGCCCGUCCCACGCCGGCACUCGGUGACUUUGAGCGCCAGCGCCUCGGCCGCGGUCGGGUGCUGUGCAUCGGCGGAGCCGGCAGCCAUGGGGAGCCUCCGCAGCUUGCGCCUGGCGGCUGGACACUGUUUUAGGUUAUAUGAGAGAAACGCUUCCUCGUCUCUAAAGUUUACCAGGAACACUGACUUGAAGGGGAUCAGUGGAUUUUGCACGAAGCCACAGGAAACUUCCAAAGCUACAACCGAGUCUUACAGACACAGAGUGCCACUACACAAACCCACGGACUUCCAGAAGAAGAUCCUGCUGUGGGCAGGCCGCUUCAAGAAGGAAGAAGACAUCCCGGAGACCAUCUCGUUUGAGAUGCUUGAUGCUGCCAAGAACAGGCUCCGGGUGAAGAUCAGCUAUGUCAUGAUCGCCCUGACUGUGGCAGGAUGCAUCUACAUGGUCAUAGAGGGCAAGCAGGCUGUGAAAAGACACGAGACUUUAACAAGCUUGAACCUAGAAAGGAAAGCCCGUCUGAGAGAGGAGGCAGCUCUGAAGGCCAAAACAGAGUAGAAGUAUUUGUGUUGGAUUUGCAAAACCUGGGAGUAAGGUUGCCAAAACUCGCCCGCAUUAGAAAGGAUUUGAGAUGAGACCCACUUUGCUUUGCACAGACUUAUUCCACUUCCCUGUUUCUGCUGUAGAGGAACAAAUAAAUUUUCUUAAAGAAUGA